GGGAAGAUUGCAAAAAACACCUGACGGGAAAGGCAGUGGCUGAGUCCAGGCUGAGAUAGGGGUCCAGUCUCUAAAGAGAAAUAACUGGAACUCUGAGCUACAGAAAUGCUGCAACCUGCCUAAAACAACAUUUAGGACUGUCUUCUGAAUUCCUGAAAGUUCCCCUUGCAGUCUUAACGAACCAUGGACAUCAUUGGCUUUCUGAAGUCUCAGUUCAUUUGCCACCUUCUUAUCUGCUAUAUAUUUAUAGUGUCGGGACUGAUAAUUAACUUCAUUCAGCUCUUCACACUUGUCCUCUGGCCAAUCAACAAGCAGCUUUUCAGGAAGAUCAAUUGCAGGCUGGCUUACUGCAUUUCAAGCCAGAUGGUGAUGUUGCUGGAAUGGUGGUCAGGCACUGAUUGCACCCUCUACACUGACCCAGAGAGUUACCACAAGUACGGGAAAGAGAGUGCCAUCGUAAUCCUUAAUCACAACUAUGAGAUCGACUUUCUCUGUGGUUGGAACUUUUGUGAAAGGUUUGGGGUUUUAGGGAGUUCCAAAGUGCUCGCAAAAAAGGAACUUUCUUACGUGCCUAUCAUUGGUUGGAUGUGGUAUUUCCUAGAGAUAGUCUUCUGCAAGCGUAAAUGGGAGGAAGAUCGGAAAACUGUCAUGCAGAGCUUGCUCAAUCUCCGGGAUUACCCUGAAAAAUUUUGGUUCUUGAUACACUGUGAGGGCACGAGAUUCACAGAGCAGAAGCACCAAAUCAGCAUGCAGGUUGCUGAAGCCAAAGGCUUGCCUAAACUCAAGUAUCAUCUGCUGCCCCGGACAAAGGGAUUUGCUGUCACCGUGCAAAGUUUGAGAAAUGUAGUGUCAGCUGUGUAUGAUUCUACGCUCAAUUUUAGAAAUAAUGAGAAUCCAACUUUGCUGGGAGUUUUAAAUGGGAAGAAAUACCAUGCAGAUUUAUAUGUAAGACGGAUUCCAUUAGAGGAAGUCCCAGAAGACGAACAGGAAUGUUCUAAGUGGCUUCACAAACUCUAUCAAGAAAAGGAUGCCUUUCAAGAGGAAUACUACAGAACAGGAGCCUAUCCUGCUACUCCCAUAGUGCCUCCUCGGCGGCCAUGGACUCUUUUGAACUGGCUUUUCUGGGCCUUAUUGCUGCUAUAUCCUUUAUUCCAGCUGCUUAUCAACAUGGUCAGCAGUGGAUCAUCACUGACACUGGCUAGUUUUGCUUUUGUCAUCAUUGUGGCUUCUGUUGGUGUCCGAUGGAUGAUAGGCGUGACUGAAAUUAACAAGGGUUCUACCUACGGCAACAAUGACAACAAGCAGAAACAAAUGUAAUAUCUCCAGAGACUGCUUCAAUACCGAGGGAACAAAUGCAGCUUCUGAAAACUCUUUACUUGCACAUCAUGCUCUUUCAAGUGAGAGGGGGAGCGUACCUGAAUUUGUGCUCCCAUUUUGUUUCCUUGGGGCUGGGGCUAGAUUUCAGACGUGCAUCUCACCUCUUCAGAACAGGUUGGCCUUUGUUUAUUGGUUUUCAUAUGAAGUGUCUUAUAUUUGGAAGAAAAAACAUCUAGUGGGAUAUUAUAGGUCCACAUGGGAAUUAACAGUUGGCUGUGGGGGGAUACAAGUUUUUCUCAACAUGCUGUAUGGAAUGGAUCAUAAAUGGAAAUUUUGUAUGUCUAGAUCAUGUUAUCAGUUUAAUGACGAUAAUCUGUUUCAAUAUACUUUGCUCAAUUAGAGAAAUAUCAAAUUGAACCAGGCCCCCUAAAGAAAAUAGGUUUCAGUUGAGCUAUUCCAAUGAGAUCCACUCAGUCCCUGCACCCAUUAGCUUGAAUUGGACUGAGUAUGUGGGUCUGUCCCUCCAGCUCACACUGCAAGAUUGGGGUCUUUGUGAUGUAACUGGUGGUAGAAUUUGGCCCAGUGAAUUUUGAACAUGGGUCUGGUGUUUAGACAUGACAAACAUACCUAGUACAUCACCAUUCCUUACAAUUACUAAGCAGUUUUGGAUUAGCUUCAGAGCACUGAUGUAUGCAAUGAUUAGACUGAAUACUGUUUACAUUUUGGGAGAGGUAAUAAGAUUAUUUUAGCUUACAAAAUACUUAUAUGUAUGGGCCUUCAGACAGUGGUAGGAAAGAAAGGCAGCUGUAUGUCCGUCGUCAAAACAAAGUUAGGGAAUCAUUUGCUUUUGUCUCUUCUGAGAAAUAACUACACUUAGUCUCAGAGGGUGCAGCUUAAGACCACUUGAAGCUAAAUGAUUUCCUUAGAUGAUGUUUUCUGGGCAUGCCUUCCAUUUUAGAGCCCUAUGGAGUUGAUCUAGUUUCCAGUGACAAAACCUUACUGAGGGUAGUGAUUCCAGGCCCUUGCUUUUUGGAAAAAAAUUUCUGUCCUUCCUUCAUUAAGCUAGGCUUGCUUUUAUAUCCUAGCUCUGCUGCCCUUGGGCCAUCUUGGUUUUUAAACAUCAUAACCUGUGGAAAUUUCCUGAUUAAAAAGUUUCUUUGCAACCCAUGAAGGCCACUAUUCUGUUUUUCUCCUAGAUUUGGGCAUAGUGCAUUUCACCAAGCCACAACUCCUAUCUGUACUAGACAGUGACAUUUACUGUUGGGACCCCCCCCCCCCCCCCAAGGGCUUUCUGAAGGGAAUUUGGGGAAAGCCUCUCAAGCAAUUUUAUUUGUACCAGAUGGUGAAAGCAUGCAGUGGGAUACUCAAAAGAAACAAGGCUAACAAUGCAAAGAACUCCAUGAAUGAGGUAUUUGCUGUUCAGUAGUUCAAAUGUUACUUUUAAGAGAGAAAUAUUUCUAACUUAAUGAAAGUGGGGUUAGUGCUACUUUUUUUUAGCGGAGGGGCAGUUGCAGGGAAUGGGUUUGAAACUCAUGGCCAUUAGAAAAAUGUGGCAUCUGAAGGAAGGAAUCGGAAUGUCUGAGGCAGAUUAAUUUUGCUCACUUUACUGGUAUAUAAUGGCUGAGACAUCAGGAUUUCAUGCCCACACAGCCUUAAAGAGCUCUGAAUAGCAGUGAGUUUUAAAAGACCUUGUCCCUAUACUAAGGACAGGGCCUAUGCUUGCAUUUCUGCCAGGCUCACACCAUUCAGUGAAACGAAGGCGAACUUUGGGUGUACAAAGAUCCCAUAACUGCAGGCUUCCUUAGGCCUUUUCUACAUCUAAAAUCGAGUAACCGCUGUGGCUAUGCUGAGGAGAAUAGAGGCUGCUGGCAUGCUUUUGCCAUAGUACAGUACUGGGGCAGAGAAGGAUAACAGUACUAACCAGAACACUCCACCAUGAGAGACACCCAGCCCAAUACAGUACUGUGCAGAGACUCACAACCACCCCCUCAUAAUGCUGCACAGCCCUUCCUGUCAUUUUGAAAGUGAGGGCAGCAAGGGGAAACUCUGUUCACACCAUCUUACUGGAGCACAAAGUAGGGGGAGGGCCUCACUGCUGAACAGCAAAUAGGUAUUAGGUCAGAGGCACGCAGCCCUGAUAUUUAUUUUAAUAUUAUAAUGAAAAAAUGUUUAAUUGUGGAGUGUUUGUUUUAGUACAUAUCAAUUAUUCUGCGAGUAGAUUAGACUAAAGCACUUAAAUCUGUCUCUUUCAUUCCAUGCACUCCCAGGAGUCCCACUGAUUUUAACUGGGAGUUUUGAAUGCACAAGGACUGUACGGCUGGACCUUCCAAAGAACUACUUAAAUUUAAGCGAUUAUCAUACCUCUUGUGGCUUUGCUGGAAUGCCUGUAAAAGGUACUUGCCAAAAAAAUGACAUUGUCAGACAUCAGUGUUUACUUCCCUCCCCUGAGCAACUGUAUGUUUGUUUUACAAUGGCCUUAAUAAAAGUAGUCUUAAGUUUGUUUAUACAAAAAAAUAAAGAGUUAAAGUGCAAAACUUGUCUUUGAAAUGCAGGGAAUUUUUAAUGCAGCUGAUACCAAACACACACUGAGGGUUGCUUAACAUUUUCCUUCCCAAUCUGUUGCAGAUAUGGAGUGAAGGCUGUUAAAGUGAAGCAAAAUAAAAUGUUUUUGUUGUGUGUUUCUCAAAGCACCUCUCUGAGCUUCAGGUGGAUA